CGCGAGGAAGCUGUCAUGCAGGAACCCGGCCCGGAUCCGCCCGACCCUAACGACAACAGCGCUCCCACCUCCCCAGGCGGCGGCGGGGAGGUUUCGUGGCUGCUCAGGGUUUUCGAGGCGGCGCGGGGCGCCUCCCUCCUCAGCGCCUCGCCCGCCGAGACGCCGCCGCUGACGGUGGUGGCGGUGGAGCGGUACCUGGCCGAGGCUCCGCCGUCCCCCCCGUCGCCUCCGUGCCCCGCCGCCGUGCCCCCGCAGUACUGGUACGACGUGACCCUGGCGGACGACUCCCGGCAGGAGCGCUGCCACCUGGCGCCGAGCCUCAACGGCCUGGUGCAGCGCGGCCACCUGCGAGCCGGCGACCGCCUGCGCCUCACGCGCUGCUCCUACCUCUACGACGAGCGGCGCCUCCGCUACGGCUUCCCCUGCCUGGAGGGCGUCGAGCGGCUGGCCGGGGAGCCGCCCGCCGACCCCGUGCCCGUCGCCUCAGCGCCGCGCCUCCCGCCCCUGCGCGGCGAGAGGAAGCACUACCUGCCGCUCUGGAACAACGAGGAUCCCUACGGGGACGCCUGGGAGGCCGAGAAGCCGCCGGAGAAGGUGGACGUUGACGUCUCUAAGCUGACUUCUCUUGGUCAGCUGGAAAUGACGUGGAGAAGCCGAGUUCACUUCCAUCCGCUGCUUGUCAGAGUGCUGCACAAGUCUAGGCUAAGGUACUACGGGAAGCCGGAGAAAAAAACGGAUGUGCCGUAUCAGGCUUACUUCGAAGUUGCUGAUAGCUCGGGCAUGAUGUCGAUGGUUUUGUGGAAUUCAUUAUGUCCUGAAUGGUAUAACAGUAUGAAAGUUGGCACGGUACUACUACUUGAACAGUAUGCUAUCAAAAACAGUUAUCCAUUUAAAACACAGCCGACCCCAGGAGAUUCACAGAUGAAGAGAUUUGCUACAAUUGAAAUCAGCCUUAAUGUACGUGACCCACCUACCAAAAUAAGUAUAAUUCCAGAAGAAAUGGUUAAGCCAGAGUGGGGAUUACCUGAAGUUAAAUACCGCUUUAUCACAAGGUCAGAGCUGGAUAACUUGCCAAACAAUCAUUCCUGUGAUGUUAUUGGUCUUGUGACGUUUGUAGGAAGGAUUGAACGAGCAAGAAAGAGAGAACGCAGUGAAGACUUCUGGCUCUAUCGUUGGGCACAUGCCAUUGAUGGGACCUCAAAGCAACCAUUUAUACUGGAAAUAUUUGCAACUUCUCAGCCGGAUGUGUUUGAGCGUAUACAUCCAAUGACAUACUUGGUGUGUACACAGAUGAGAGUGGUACGGGACCUCACUGACAAUUCUUCCAGCACAAUUUAUCUUACGACUUCGAAUGAAAGUCAAAUAUUCAUUACAGGGUGUCACAAGGGUCAGCCAUACACCAGAGAUACAAAAGUGAAAAACUUCAUUCACUGGACUAAAACACAGAGUGAAGCUGAUCAAAUGAAGAAAACUGUCAUUGGUGGCUAUUAUCCUCUUCCACGACCUCCAAGUAGCUUUCUGAAGUAUUGUAAAAGUAAUAAAGUUGAAUCAGUUUUGAAAGCCAUAGGUGAAAUGGGGAAAGAAAUUGAAGAUUUGCACUACAGGGAACGCAAGCGCAUUGCUAUUCAAGGAAUAAUUAGCGCCGUAAGGUACAUCAACUGUAGCAAUGUAGCUGAAGAUCCCUCAGGAGUAGAACCUGUUCAGAAAGAUACUUCUCAGUCUCUUGCAAGUUGUACUGUGUCCAAAGAUGAUGGUGUUCAGAAGGAAAACCUUCAAACUAAAGAGUUCACGUCUUCUCUGGGGCCACAGUGUGCUCCUGGGGAACAACAAGGGCAUCAAAUGCUACGAUCGAAAAAGAGCAGAGUCAAGAGAAAGACAGAAGCAGAACAGGGAAGCACAUCUGUUAUUCCUGUACCAUCUUACCACUAUUUCACACGGUCUGCAAGAAAGAAAUUAAGCUUGGACAAAUUUCAACAUGAAGAUUUUGUUCAAGACAAAAAUGAGCAGCCUGCAUCAGACAGUUCACAGUACUACCCAGACCAAGAAGGAGUAAGUGGUAUACCUGAAACUGAAGAGACUGGAGGAGCUUGUGAUUCGUGGCAGAGUGACCUGUGGGCACAAGUAAAAGACAAGCUGCUGACAUAUUUGCAUCACAGCACAGUUUUCCCAGAAAGCAUCCCACGUAAAUUUGAUUAUGUACACAAAGACUUACUUAUGCAAAAGUACAACCUUCAGGCAGCUGUGUACCAGCCAAAAAAAAACAGAACAGAUAAAAAUAUCAAUGAGUUUAAAAGCGCUAGUAGCCUUGGGUAUUAUGAAGUGACAGUUCUGGGUAUAAACCACGAUGUAGCAGUAGAUGUCGCAUUUCUCCCACUGUUCUGUCCUGAAGACCCACACUUACUUCAAAUAGAGGACAUUGAAAAUGAUACAUUAUUGUCUUGCAUGAGUUGCAUCUCUGCUUGUCAGCAGAAGACCACCAGCUAUGGAACUCUUCAUGACACCUUUCCACUUUCAAAUGAAACUGUAAAAGCAGCGAUGGAUCUAGACGGCAAGCAUGUUGUCUGUAUCUUGGACAUCUGUCACUUGGGUGAUGAUAAGGUGGAAGUCUUUCUGAGCAAAAUCUACAAGACGGUGGAACCAGAUGUGCUGGACCUAGUCUGUAAUCCAAAUGCAUGAGGAAACUCAGCAGCUCCAAGAAGCUGCUGCUUCCAGGAGAGCAAAAGGCUCAAGAAUACUGUCAACAUCUUAAGUCUAUACAAGCUAGUAGCUGCUGACUCCUGCUGAGUUCCGAACCAAGUCCUGAUUUUUCCUCCCGUUGGCCUCAAAUCACUUACGCAACUGGAUCUUUGGGAAAUUAUUCUCAAGCAGGAUCCUAAAACACAUUGCUGCUUGACAACUUGUCCACGUGCAACGCUGGUCUCAUUUCAGUUGUUUGAGAAGAAAUGAUUGCAUUGUGGAAGCUUGCCACCUAAAUUGUACCAUUAUUGA